GUUGUGCAGCAGCAGCAGUUGGCACCUCGUUUGGUUGGAGUCUUCAAUUACCCAUAAUUAAUUCUCAACCCUUGUCGCUGAAAUCUGUUUUGAUUCUUCUUCUUUUCCACCUUAACCCAUAACCUACCUAAUCAAUCAAUAAUCCUUUUGUUUUUCUUCGUCUCUUCAAUCCCACUAUGAUGUUGACGAUGAUUGGGGUAGCCCACAAACCCCUCUUGCAUCUCUCUCUUGUAAUUUUGAUGCUGUUUUCUUCUUCAACUGAAUCUCUCAGAUUCGAACUCCAAUCCGGUCACACCAAAUGCAUCUCCGAAGACAUCAAAAGCAAUUCCAUGACAGUGGGCAAGUAUCAAAUCGUCAACCCCAACGACGGUCACCCCCUACCUGAUUCCCACAGAGUCACCGUUCGGGUGACUUCGUCUUAUGGGAACAACUAUCACUAUGGGGAUCGCGUUCAAACGGGUCAGUUUGCGUUCACGGCAGCGGAAGCUGGAGACUACAUGACUUGUUUUUGGGCCGUGGAUAACAAUCCCCCAAUAACUAUGACCAUUGAUUUUGAUUGGAAAACUGGUGUGGCAGCCAAGGACUGGUCUAAUGUUGCUAAGAAAGGCCAAGUUGAUGUUAUGGAGCUAGAACUAAAGAAGUUGCAGGACACUGUGGCUUCUAUUCAUGAUGAGAUGUUUUAUCUUCGGGAAAGAGAAGAAGAAAUGCAAGAGCUCAACAGAACAACCAACAGCAGAAUGUUCUGGUUGAGUUUGCUAUCGCUCUUUGUGUGCUUAUCAGUAGCAGGGUUGCAACUAUGGCAUCUGAAGACCUUCUUCGAGAAAAAGAAACUCAUUUAAAAUUUUUGUGAUAGUUUUUAUAUUUUUCUUAUGUGCUCUUGUAAAAUAUACCGGCAUUAAUUUAUCAGAGGAUACGCGUAAUGGUAGUCACUACAGCCCACAAUAUUUCCUUUGUUAAACGCAAAUCAGAGUUAUUGCAAUCAGUGUCAAAGGAAAUGUUGAUGUUGAAAUCUGAGUGUUUUUUUUUUUUUAAAGAUAAUAAAUAAAAAGUCAUUAAGCGGU